AAGCCGAUUGAAAUGAGACGUUUCGUUCCUAGCUCUUUCUAUUAUAAAUCUUCGGACCAGACCUAUUUUCUCUUCGCUGAACCAAUGGAGCGGGUGGAGAAACGUUACUGUGAUAAUGCUGUUUGACAACGGGACUAAAAUCUAGUCUACAAGCGUUAUAUACAAUCUAUAGGCUCCCUUUAGCUGUCCAGUUUUCAUUUGGUCUUGUUACACACAUUUCGAAGGGCUCUAAAUCUAAAAUUUGUUUAUCUUCAAAUUUAAAGGAAUAUGUUUCAACAGUGAAGUUAUUGAUCAUUCUAUAAGAGUUUAAACAUGUCUUCAAUUGCAAAGCAAAAAUCAUCUGGGAUGUAGAGUUUGUUAGCAUUCGAUACUUUUGGAGAUUUCACUUUCACUUCAGUAGCUGGCACUGAAAAUAGGAACAUAUAAAGUAAGAAAUGUUGAAAACUCAAAGAUAAUGCGCCCAAGAACUGCUCAUGCCCUGAGGGGUCCUGCUUGCUCGCUGAGUGACAUCAUUAAGUUUGGGUAUUUACACCAAGUCAGAGCUCUUAUUUCCACUGGCCUUGACCUCGAAUCAAGAGAUGAGAACGGCAGAACACCUCUCCUGCUUUGUGCGUUUAUGCAACCCCCAGAUUGGGGCGCCAGCAUCGCCAUGACGCUGAUCGAACACGGUGCAGACAUGUCGCAGAGAGACUGUCUCGAGAGGAACGUACUCCACUACGCCUGCAUCUACGAGAGAGUCAAGCUAGUUCGUAUCCUGCUUAAAGCCGUCGACUUCGAUCUUAACCAGGCAGACUACGUGGGCAACACCCCCCUUCAUUACGCAGCUAUGUCCGGCAAUGUGGCUAUUGCUCAGCUCCUGAUUCAGAGCUUCAAAAGAUACCGGAUUAGUCUAAGUAAGCGCAAUCAUCGAGGCAGAACGGCAUUGGACGAGGCACUACUGUCCGGGCACGUCCCCUGCACUCAGGUGAUUCAGGAAGAGCUGGCUGCCAAACAAACCGGAAACCUUAUCAAGGACGUACGCUUCGCCGACUCGGUAAUGAAUGGGGUUGAAUCAGGUCCAGAAAGACACUCGGAAAGAGUUCUAAGACCCAAAACAGCAGCCUUCCCUUCUCGUCACUUUAGAGCUGCAUGUAUCGACGUAUUCGAUGACCCAGUUAGGUCCAGUACCAAAUCAAUGCAAAUCAAUACAAGAAAGUCUGGUAGUUCUUCCAGUUGUAAAGACUAUAAAAGAGACGAGGAAUUGAUCUUUUGCGCACCCCGUGAAGAUUUCCGGAACACUCCAGAGUACGUUUUCCGGCUGGUCCGCGUGCCUUAUGACCCAAGCAGCGUAGAACCUGUGAGUCUGCACGACACCACGUAUCGUAGCAAUUGGACUGAUUCUAGCAGCAACAGUAGCCAGUCCCAGCAGACGACAGGAGCCGAAGACUGGAGAAAUCAACUGAAAGUUUUAUUUCAGGUGUAUGAACAUCAGUGUUCUCCGUCAUGGAGAACUGCCAAAGCUGCUGAACAACUCUCAGGCUCAGAUCAGGAGCAAUCAACUCCUUUGGAUGAGAUUGAUGGGGAUGAUAAAGAGAAAAAAACUGGCAGACAACAGAGCGUUAACUCUAGAAAUUCUAACUAUGCUGAUACAAAAAGACGCCAGUCUAAUGUUCGAGUCAAUAAACUUAAACCUAAGGACACUGCAACUGACGCUACUUCUGAGUCGACCAUUCGACCACUAUCCAGUAAAAAACGAAACUAAGAUCGCUAGUUGUUUGUUUAGGCUAAGGCCUAUUUACAGUUUCUAGUAAGCUGGGAUCUAUUUACAGUUUAUAGUAGGCUAGCAUCUAUUUACAGUUUCUACCAAGAGCUAGGACCUAUUUACAGUUUAUACCAAGCUAAGGCCUAUUUACAGUCGCUACUAAGCUAGCGCUAGGGUCUAUUCGCAGUUUCUGUUCUUAUCUCUUAUCUAGACCAAUCAAAUGCUGAAAAUAAAACCAUCAUUAGCCUUUGUACAUAUAUUAAUUUAUAUUCUGUUAGUCUCUAUACAACAUUCUUAAACACAUUUUGUUUUGAAAAUAAAAGUAUGGGAUAUAAACAUUAAAAUAUGUGUUCACUUUACAAAAUCCCGCGAUAAUAAGUGUGUAUAUGCUCGUCUGGCUAUGUGUUGACAGUCAUCAGGUUAGUACCGAACCCUGUGUUAUCCCCCUGCUGUCCGUGACCUCCGUGACUAUGUCGAAGGCGCCGCUUCAUCUAGGUAAGGUCGACUUCAAUCACGAAGGUCACGACGAAAUGAUCUUCAUUCCUGAAAGAACGUUACAAACUUGCAAGUCAAGAACGAGCACUGCGUUUUGAUUUCUUGUAAAGGUCUUGCAAUUCUACUUGUGCCCCUUGUGCCACACGCCCUAACACUGCUCUAGAACAAGUUUGUCGCCAAGCCAAUACAAAAUGGAGGCAGCAGAGGGUGUGAAGCCAAAACAUAUAAUCUGAUGGGGGGUCCUACUGCAACUGUUUGUCCAACUACCAGCCAUAGAGGCAUAUAACAUCAGACUCUCAGACUACAGACCAUAAAGAAGGAAAUUGGCAAAUGACAACGAACUAAUUUUUCCACGUACCUUUCCAUCUUGACAAGUUUCGUUCUCUUUCUAUUUUAGAAAUGUACUCUCCCUAUGACUGAAUUAAUACAUUGUUAUAUAUCCUUUAGUAAUAUUCAAAUUACGCGAACCGUCAACCCCUACAAUGAAAGUCAAGGGACAAAUGAUGAUGAAUAUUCAAAUUUCAAUAAAAUGAGGCAUAGAAUUUUUUAAAAUGUUUUAUCCAAUGCUUUGUGUUAAUAAAUAACUUUUUUUUUUGUUUUGUAGCUCUUUUUUUUAAAUGUUAACCAAUUUUGAAACAUUUUUGUUUGAUUAAGUUAUAUCUUUCAUUAAGACUGACACCUGUGAAGCUACUCAUCCUAAUGUCCAAAAUACUGGCACAUAUUAUGUAUAGACCUACAUAUAUCAACAUUUUGCUGAAUAUUUGUCACUGUCAAUUAUGUGUCAAUAGUAUCAAUAAAUCUACUCAAGUGUGACACAAAAAGCUUGAAUUAGACAAGA